UUCCUUCUACGUUCUAGUGUCACGCGACCGUCUACCCCUCCCUCUCUUCUUGAGCUACCUUUGGGCUGGGCUGGCUGGUGAUGAGAUACUUGGCUGCCGGCUGUGGAAAGGGCGAAGGCUACAAGCACAAUCAGUUCCGCGACUGUGACCAUGGCCGAGAAUAACGCUCAGAAUAAAGCCAAGCUAAUCUCUGAGACCCGGCGGAGAUUCGAAACUGAGUAUGUGACAGAAAAGUCAGAAAAAUACGAUCCACGUGAUGUUGAAAGGCUUCAGCAAGAUGAUAAUUGGGUUGAAAGUUACUUACAUUGGAGACAUAAUGUUGUGGAUGAUACACUGAAGAUGCUUGAUGAGAGUUUUCAGUGGAGGAAAGAAUUUUCUGUCAAUGACCUUAGUGAAUCCUCUAUUCCAAGAUGGUUAUUAGAACUCGGUGGUAUUUAUCUCCAUGGUUAUGACAAAGAAGGUAACAAAUUAUUCUGGAUCAGAGUGAAGUAUCAUAUAAAAGACCAGAAAACCAUAAUGGACAAAAAGAAGUUGAUAGCAUUCUGGUUGGAACGAUAUUCCAGGCGAGAAAAUGGGAAGCCUAUCACAGUGAUGUUUGACAUGUCAGAAACUGGACUCAAUAGCAUAGACAUGGAUUUUGUACGAUUUAUUAUCAACUGCUUUAAGGUGUAUUACCCAAAAUACCUCUCAAAAAUAGUGAUCUUUGAUAUGCCCUGGAUAAUGAAUGCUGCUUUCAAAAUUGUGAAAAGCUGGCUUGGUCCAGAAGCAGUAAGUUUGUUGAAGUUUACAAGUAAGAAUGAAAUCCAGGAGUAUGUCAGUGUGGAAUACCUGCCUCCCCACAUGGGUGGGACAGAUCCUUUCAAGUAUAGCUACCCACCACUGGUAGAUGAUGACUUCCAGACACCAUUAUGUGAAAAUGGGCCAAUUGCCAGUGAGGAUGAAACUUCAAGUAAAGAAGAUAUAGAAGGUGAUGGUAAGGAAACCUUGGAAACAGUUUCUAAUGAAGAACAACCACCUCUGUCUGAAAAGAAUAACCCAACUGAGUAUGCUUCUAAAACAGAUGAAAAUGAAAAAGUUGAUUCAAAGAUGAAAACUAUUAAAAAGCCAUUGAGUGUUUUUAAAGGGCCCUUACUACACAUCAGCCCAGCAGAAGAAUUAUAUUUUGGAAGCAUUGAAUCUGGAGAGAAGAAAACUCUAAUAGUGUUAACAAAUGUCACAAAAAAUAUAGUGGCCUUUAAGGUGAGAACUACUGCUCCAGAAAAAUACAGAGUCAAACCAAGCAACAGCAGCUGUGAUCCCGGCGCAUCAGUUGAUAUAAUUGUUUCUCCACAUGGCGGCUUAACAGUCUCUGCCCAAGACCGGUUUCUGAUAAUGGCUGCAGAAAUGGAGCAGUCAACUGGCACUGGGCCAGCAGAAUUGACUCAAUUCUGGAAAGAAGUUCCAAGAAACAAAGUGAUGGAACACAGGUUAAGAUGUCAUACAGUUGAGAGCAGCAAACCAAACACUCUCAUGCUGAAAGACGGUGUUUCUGUCCUGUCAGAUAAAACCAGUGAAGAUCUGUACCUGCAACUCAAUCGUUUACUAGAAAGCAAUAGGAAACUUGAAGACCAACUGCAGCGCUCUAUCUGGUUUCAACAGCUACUGCUUGCCUUAACAAUGGUCUUGCUUGCUUUUGUUGUUUCUUUCUUUUAUUCAUUAUAUAGUUAAACAAGUGGUACCUGGUCAGAAAUGUAACUCCUUCAGACAUUAUUUGGUGAAGGAAUACAGACCCCACCUAAACUUCUCCACACAUCUACUAGAACUACUGUGCAUCUGGGCUUCCUACAAAGAAAUAUCAGCACACAGGAGGAUGCCUAUAUUGAAAAUAAGUUGUUUGGAUAGAGAAAGUUCAAGGCAUUGAUUAUUAGAGACUGUAGCUAGUCAGGAAACUAAGUAAAGGUAUAUGCAUUGUAUAAAUUAAUAGCUUAAACAGUUUAUUUUUUCCUUUUGAUUUGAAUGCUUUCAAAGCAAAGUUCUGUCAUGUAAAUACACAAGCUGAGCUGAGAAGUUUAAGUAACAUGCUUUGUUGUAGCAAAAAAAAAAUGUAAUCUGCUUUUUUAAAAUACAGAAUUAUUAGCUGAGCUGACUUAAUAGCUUUUCUAUACUAUGUAUAUAAAAUGUGUAUAUUAAAGAGGAAGCAUAAUUAAACAGUAAUUUAUGUAAUCAUGACUUUGUUACUUUGAGAACUACUUCCAGAUGAUAGUCAAUAUUCUUUUGGAAUGUAAAGCUAUUUAAUGCCAAACCACCUUAGCCUUUAUUUCUCAGUGUCACUGAGCACUCUGCCUCAUAUUAAUCUGGGCUCUUUAAUGAAUAUUCUGCUUUCGAUACACUAUGGAAAGCUAUGUGUGGUUGGAUUUUCUUUGAUUUCUCUUAGUAGUGCCCAGAAGGAAAGUCUCCAAAACAUCCCCUUUUUCUAGUCAAGUCUAUGCAGUUUCAUGUGGUUCUCUAUUAUAAGGGCCUAUUCUUCCAUUGUUUCAUCUUCAUUCCAGGGCAAAGGAGUCUCCUCUGUGGACCACAAAUUGUGUCAUGUUCACUCUCAUUUUUAAAUGAAAGGCAUUAGAUAAAGUUUUUUGAAAGUCUAGUUGCUUUGGGUGUUUACUAGUAUAAUUAACCUUGGGUUCAAAAUGGUCCUUGUUAAAAUUGUUCAUGAGAAGGAAACUUUGAAAACACUGGUGUAUCCAUGUGUUCAAAUAUAAAACCAAAUCAUAGAGGCUUAGAGAAUGGGUAACCCCUCUCCCAAUGGCCUCUCUGGUCCACUUGAUACUCUGUCUUUGGUACACUAAUAACCACUCAUAAGGCUCCCAAAUUCCUACAGAGAUAUACCUUGCAGAAGCAGAGGCUAAUGAAAUUACUUUGUGUUAUCAUUAACAUGACCAGUUUAGGUUCAAAUGUAUGUCUAUAUUUUAUGAAAGAAAAGUAGUCUGCCUAGCAAAUGAAUAUUUAGCCAUGUUUAGAAAUUUAGUAUUCUCAGGAGUAUAGUUGGGGGCUUUCAGCUUAAAGAAGUUGAUUCCAAAACCGAGUUUUGAGGAGUGAUAUAACAGAGCUCCUUAAAA